UCUCUUCCUUUCAGUGUUUCCCAGAUCCCGGCGCUGGAGGGCAAGAGUGUCCAGCAGGCCGUGGACAUGCUGACCAAGAAGCUGGAAGUACUGGGCGCAGUGAAGCAAGGGACUUUCUGUGUGGACUGUGAAACGUACCACGCUGGGCCGGCUGUCACUGUCCCAGGGCAGCCGGCUAAGUUCAUGUACAUCAUGCACAACACUGAGUAUCCUCUCAGCUGCUUCGCCCUGUUUGAGAACGGGCCGUACCUGGUGGCGGACACCAACUUCGACACGCUGAUGAUCAAGCUGAAGGGCUUCUUCCAGAACGCCAAGAGCAACAAGAUCGAAAGCCGUGGCCCUCGCUACCAGUACGGUGACUUCCUGGUCAAGGUGGGCACGGUGACCAUGGGACCCAGUGUGCGCGGCAUAUCUGUGGAGGUUGAAUACAGUCCGUGCAUCGUGUCGAGCGACUGUUGGAAUCUCAUGAUGGAAUUCAUGCAGAGUUUCAUGGGCAACCACACGCCCGGGACCCCAUCCGUGUUCUCCACAAAGCUCGACGGCAUCUACACCCCCACGGACACCGCCAUCCAGUACAUGGAGCUGUUCAACAAGAUUCGCAAACAGCAGCAGGCCCCCGUGUCCGCGGCGAGAUAGUCCGCCUGGAAGAAGGGCCUUGACCCGGAACGUCACCCAUUCCUUCCCUCCAGCGCUGCUGCCUGUCCCGCUGAGUUACUCCAGCUGUUUUUGUGCCUCAUGAGAUGGUCUUCCCUGACGUACGUUCGAGGACGCUUCCGACGCAAACCGUCCCCCAUUCCACGUUCUCCAGCGAUGCUGCCUGACCCGCUGAGUUACCCCAGCACUCUGUGAAAUGUCACCUAUCCAUGUUCUCCAGAGAUGCUGCCUGACCCGCU